GAGUCAUGACGCAGAGCGAGUGUGCAACAUUCACGUAGCCUAAACUAUCAGGGACCAAGGACAGGGUUUGGCCCGGUUUGCCGUUGCCAUGAGCUAUCUUAUCGAUUUUUGUUAUCUUCCCAAUGUACUGCAUUGUUUUAUAUCUGCUAUUGUGUUAAUGAAUAUUUAAAACAAAAGAAAUUUUAAGCUCAUUACCAGCUCACCUCUUAUUUCCGUAGCAAAAUGCUUUGAAAUCUCUUGUGAUAGCUUCAGCGUGCGCAAUAGCAUAAUUUGCGAAGUGAGUUAACGUACGAUGACGUCAGAAAUCAAAUUUUUGGCCGUGGAAUCGGUGUCCAAUGAAACUUCUACAGUCGGGGUCAAAAAUAAGAAGAAGUAACAUUAAAAUAAUAUGAAUAUAUUAACCACUGAUCUCCUUUACAUACACGUGACCUUGCUCCGCUACAUGUCCAUGAUUGAACGGGAAAUAAUGGAAUUGUUAUGAUCUUAAAUUAAUGCAGUUUUAAUAGGAAGAUUGGUGAUUAGAAGACGCGAUAAAUAAAAUUCAACACGUGACUUGAUCACUCAUCAGGAUUUUUUUUGUAUUUGAAAGAAGAUGUUUAAUACAUUGGACAUUAUACGGCGCGAAGCGAGUGGACAUACAGAGCGAGUAAUCACCAAGUGAAGGUGCGACACGAAGACGUCAGCCUAACUUGCAGGGGCCAUACAUUCAAAACUCGCUAAGUGAACGUCCCUUUGAAAUUGCAACUGCCGCAGCAGCUUUCGCCAGAAUGGCGGCCGCAUGCGGCAAAAUGGCGGCCGCAUCCACCGAAAUGGACGACCUCCUCAAGAGCGCCCGAGUGUUUAUGUUCAUCACGGGUCCCGCUACGCGUCUCUUCAAGGAAAUCUUCGAUGAAGUGUACAGCCACCCAGACAUGAAAUCUGAUGGUGGGAUGCUGAGUAUUAAUGACUGUUUCGCUAAAGUCAUGGUGGGGUCUAAGACGAAGAUGAAACCGAAAAACAUUUUUGGACAAGAUAACGGGCAAUUUAUUAUCCCGAAUAUUAAAAAUGAGAAGCUAGACAUUUCCUUCUACUACGCAGGUAUCGUCAAAUUUUGUAGCAACGUGUAUGACAAAAUGUUCUCAGUAGCUACGAAAAAUUUGUUAGAAGAGCUCAAGAAGAGACGAAAUUUAGUUUCUCACAACGGUGGUGACCCACGAUCCGAAGACGAGAUCAUGGAUGACUUGGAAAAGCUCUGUAAUGAAUUGAUGGACAGCGCAGAAAAAGAUCUAAGUUCAAUGAAUAUUGCUAAAGCUCGAAUUGAUAUUAUAGAUAGUAUGAAGAGCGUAAAGAAUGAACCAAUAAAAAUUGAUGUCUAUUUGAAAGAGAAAGCAACAUUUUUCGAAAAAAUAGAGAACAAAUUCAUUCAGGAAAGUCAAUACCAUCUGCAGAAAGAGUGCCAGUUUGGCAGAGCUGUUGAUCCCUUCGUCAAAUUGGUCCAUCAACACAACUUGGACUAUGGAACUGAACAUCCCAUCGUCGAUGUAUUCACUGCGCCGUUGAUAGUAGAUGAGAACAAGGGAAGGAUCGAUCACAGGAGUAUUUUGGAAUGUUUGAACACGCAAGGCAAAGUACCGAAAGUUGUGAUUAUUUCAGGACUGGGUGGUAGUGGCAAGAGUACGCUAUGCCACAUCAUUUUCGAAGAGUGGAGGAACAAAGCGAAGAAACAGACUACAAUUGAGCUCAUCGAUAUGUUUGACCUUGUUGUCUACAUAGAAAUGAAGAAAACCAAAAGCAAAAAAUUCUUAGAUUUCCUCAGAAAGGAAUAUUUGGUCGACCAGAUGGUAUAUGUUGACAAGGAUCUUGUUUUCUACUUGCUCAAUUCCCUAAACUUGCUGUUCAUCAUUGAUGGGUAUGAUGAGAAAAACGAAGAUAAUGGCGAGAAACUCGUCUCGGACAUCGCAUCGUAUCUCCCGAAGAGCCGCGUGAUCAUCACCACUCGACCAGAAUUCCAAGAUGACUGCUCGAAAAUUUUCAACUCGACUACAAGCGCGCCUCUGGUUCUCGAAGGCUUCGGGCCGUCAGAGCGUAAAGUGUUUGCUAGCAAAGUAAUGAACCUGGUGGAAAAAGAUCCGAAACUAGCGCUUGAGCGAGUGAAGGAAUUUAAUUCAUUCAUUGCUAGAAAAGCAUCUACUCUGUCAACGCAUUUGAAGCUACCUCUUACCAUGGCUCUACUUAUAUUCCUCUGGUUGGAGAAGAGAAAUAAUCCAAGUGUGAUGGAGGCUAUCAACACGGCAACUCAACUUUAUUUCCAACUCUUCGAGAUGCUCAAAGAGAAACUCAUCAAAAUCAGAGUCCAUCUAAAAACAGGAUACAGCAAUGACGAAGAACUCGAUGAAGUAUUGCAGGCAUUAAAACGAGUAGCGUUCAAACAGCUUGUGGAAGAUCACAGCAACGAACUGCUACUGACGCCAGACAACGUGGCAGAAGUUAAAGAUAGAUGCGUCCAAGCAAAACUGGAGCCAGGAGAAAUUCUGUCAGCUUUUCUAGUUUAUGAUAUCAUCCAAAAAUCUGCAAAGGCUAGUAAAAAAGACGACUUGUACUCGUUCUUCCAUCGAACUCAAAUGGAAUACUUUUCAGCAGAAAGCGUGGCAAACAACGUAGUAAAAAGAGUUGGUAACUUAGAAGAACAGUUCCCUCGUACCUCCACGCAUCGACGUAAAGUGCAGGAGGUUUUUCCUUUCUUGGCAGGCUGCUUGGCAAGAUUGGGGCAACUUGACCGGCACUGUGAUAAUCUACUAACAUUGUGCAAGGAGGUUCAAAUUCCUCUUUCGAAGUAUGACUUUUGGUUCUCCUUACUCCACGAAACUGAAGCUCGUGAUGUUAUCGGACAGGGUUUAUCAUACAAUGAAACAAUGGCCGAAAAGUUAGCAAAUCACAUUUCAGAUGAAAUGUGGAGCUUAAACUCAGAAACUUUAGUUCCGGGUCUUAAACUUUUGACCCAUUGCCCCGAUAUUCACGUUGACGAGUUAACAAUAGACUUAAGAGUCAUUGACGACCCGAAAAAAAUUUCUGAACUGAAUGCUACGUUGACCGCACUGCAAAACAAGAUGGACAGAGAGGCUAAACAUGGAGAAGCAAAGGUUAAACUGGUUCUAAAAAUUCUUCAUCACUUGCACGAUGAUGCUAAUCACUUCAGUGAUUCGUACCUUAAAUUUUUCGAAAACUGGACCUCUCUCGUCGAGUUUGAAGGCCACAUCGGGGAGAAGGAAGUUCCGAAACUUCGAGACUGCAAACGCGUGGCAACCAAAGUAUGCAGCAUGCGGGCAUUUAAUGCCAUCACGGAGCAUGCCGCUCGAAUGAAAAAUUUAACCAAGUUAGUCUUGAAGAUUGACUUGGUCAAUGCCAAAACAACUGAAAAAAUUACUCCAAAGCGUUUCCAGGGAUUAAGGAAACCAAAUUGUGAGAUCAAUCUACACAUUACCAAACUGAUCGAUGAUGAUCUGGACCAGACACUCCGCUUCAUCAAUGACACAUACCCACAGAAGAAACGUUAUGGACAAGUCACGAUUUCUGGGAACUUCUUAUACGAGGACGGCUUGAAGAUGGUGCGCCAGCUCCAGGGCGCUGUAGGGAAGAAGCUUUACGUCUGCUCUAACCUUUCGCUGACGACGGAUGAAAGAAACGAUCUUAUUUCCGAAGCCCUGUCAGGGAAACCAAGCUCAUUUCUGUUCGAGUGGAAUGGUGAUGAAUUGUAAAAAAUGCUGCAUAAGCCGCUAAUGUCAACAUUAAUUAAUACAAUAAAGACAUUACCUACGUAUGUCAGGGACUGAGCGAGUAAAGCCCAUGGUGUUUUGCUUGCUCUAUCUAGUGUUUUACCUCUUCCAUCAUUAAGAACGCUUUUCUACUCAAUUUCCGUAUCUAAACUGUCGAACACGCUGAUCAUAUGGGGUGGGGUACCUUUUAAUUCUAAAAAACGGGUCAUCACAUUAAUAAAUAAAUCGUUGCGUACUAUAUUACGGGUUAGGUUUGUUGAAAAUAAUAUCCCUUUGACUCGUACUACUGUAUUAUAUAGGCAGUCGAAUAUUUUAAAACUUGACGAUAUGUACAAAUUUCAGCUUUUAAAAUUCAUG